CCUUUCUGUACUUUGUUUACGAAAUAUACUCCACCGUAUACCCUUAUCCCUAAACGUUCACCCGUGCUUUUGUCGACUUAAUUCUCUUGUGCACAGCUAAUAAUGUAAUUAGUAAAGCUCAAAACAAAUAUCGAUAUAUCUCCGUAAAACGUCAGAAAAUACUCAGGACUAACGCCCGACUGGAAGAAGGAGGUGAAAGGAUAAGACAAUGCAUGGCGGUACUAAGGUGUGAAAGGACAUAGAUAUCGAAGCCAAGAUGUAUUAUUCCUUAGAAAACGAAUCAAUGACUUAAAGCCCCUGAUCUAAUAAGGGCUUCACUCCGCAAACUCUCCGACUACUUUUAGGUUAAAUUUGCUGUUUCGCUUAUAAUGAGGCUUGUGUAUGCGGAGUGAACGGUGGGGUAAAGAAUUAUGUAACCUACAUCAUGAAACCACCAUGAAGAAAUGUCUGAUCCUCAAGGUACCUUCUUCCUGCUGAAUUAUAUAAUACUACAAUCUCAAGGAUGAGUAUGAAGUUCGACUUUACAGAUCAUUCUCAUCGCCGAUAUAAUCCUUUAAAUGAUACAUGGGUACUGUGUUCUCCUCAUCGUGCAAAACGACCUUGGCAAGGUGAACAAGAAGAAAUUAAGAAGAACGAGUUACUGGAGUAUGAUCCAAAGUGCUAUUUGUGUCCUGGAAAUGAAAGGGCAAUGGGAAUAAAGAAUCCAAAUUAUAUGACAACCUAUGUCUUUCGCAACGACUAUCCAGCUGUCAAAAUUGACCAGCCUGAUUAUGUGGAAGAACUAGAUACUAAAGAGAAAAGAGACUCCUUAAAGUCUCGUUUGCUUAAAACUCAAAGCGUAAAAGGCAAUUGCUUUGUCAUUUGCUUUAGCCCCAAUCAUAGUUUAACGCUUCCUCGCAUGGAAGUAGAUGCGAUUAUGCAUGUCGUGGAAACUUGGAAACAGCUCUAUUUUAACUUGAAGAAUGAGUCUUCUGAAGGUGUCUACUAUAAAUAUAUUGAAUUUUUUGAAAACAAAGGUUCCGCCAUGGGCUGCUCGAAUCCUCAUCCUCAUGGUCAGGCCUGGUGCUUAGAUACCAUUCCCACAAUUGUUGGUGAAGAAAUUAAGAAUAUGACUAAAUAUUUCAAUUCAAACGGUACUCACUUGUUGGGAGACUACAUCGAGCUCGAGGUCGAAGAAAAGCAAAGGAUUGUCCUUGAGAAUGAUUCCUUCAUAGUACUUGUUCCUUAUUGGGCUUUAUGGCCUUUUGAAACUCUUUUGAUCGCGAAAGAGCACUUGUGUUCGUUAAUUGACUUCCAAGAAAAGCAUGUUCAAGAUUUGGCUUCAAUCUUAAAAAAAAUAACCACAAAGUACGAUAAUUUAUUUUGUACAAGCUUCCCCUAUUCAAUGGGAGUUCACCAAGCACCUCUCCAUGGUACCGAAGAUGAAUGCAACAAUUCUUGGUUCCAUAUCCACUUUUACCCUCCAUUGCUGAGGUCAGCCUCAGUAAAGAAAUUUUGCGUCGGUUUCGAAAUGCUAGGCGAAGCCCAAAGAGAUUUGACUAGUGAACAAGCCGCUGUGCGACUGCAAGGACUUGAUGGUGAAAAACAUUACCUUGAUACUCUUGCUUAAUUCAUUAUGCUAGAGCUGGUGAUUCUGUAUUUUAUAUGUACUGGCAAGUCUACGUUUCAAUUCUAAUUUUUUAGCUGUUUCAGCAUAUACCUGUUGAUUUGUGUAUGUAAAUGAAGAAUAUAUAUUAUCCUCUUGUAAAGUUCAACUUUUGGUUUAUCCUGGAUUUUUUGGAAUUAUCCACAUGCAAGAAAAUAGAUAUGGCACAGUUUAUAUUAACUUUUCAAUAAAAAAAAUAAAGUAUGUAUGAAC